AUGAACAACGCCGGGCAGCCGCUGGGCAGCGAGAAGGAGCAGGGGCGAGGAGGAGGAGCGCGAGAGGGCGGCAGAGAUGUGUACAGAGCAGCGGGGACUCCGCGAGGGGGGCGGGCAUGCACUGCCGCUGCGGAGCACUCCGGGCUGGACGGCCGCGAGAAAACCGAGCAUGUGCAGGUGCAGUCAAUGCAACAGUGUUUGUCCCUGGCUGUGGCUGAGAUCGGAGGCGAAAAUGCCCGGUUUGCCUCCUUUGUGAAUCGAUCCGCGAUCGGGAGCGCCAAAUUUGACUUCGUCUCGGCAAUGGGACGAAGGCGUCCUGCGCAGAGCAACUGA